AAUUGCCGCGGCUUUUGUGGAGUGAUGGGUAACUGUUGUUGACGUGUGCAGAGGGUCCCUGGUUCAAGCCCGGGUAUGGGCGAGGAGACGGUUUAAAGUUAUACUGUUACAAAUACAGCCAUCUCGCUUUUCAUUUGAACCAUAUUUUUAUACGUCGCUUGUUUGUAUCAAUUGCAAAGACAUUGGUAACGUUGUAUUUGUUGUAGGCAACUUUGUUUUGAAGUUAUCGGUGGUCACAGUGAGACGGAUACACCGUGUGAGUUUAGCAGAGAUCUUCGGUCUACAAAUUGAAGCGGUAGGACAAAAUAAAACACGACGCAUUUAGCUGUUCUACGAGUGGUCUGAGGCAGGUGUUAGAUUACGAGAAUUUUCAAAUGCAACGUUAUCAUAACGAUGGUUUUGGUUAACAGCUCGGAGAUUUAACGAUACUCCUAAGGUUCUAACGAUGAUCUUAGCCGUAAAAUGCUUUUUGGAGACCAGGCCCUGGUCUUUAAUAAACUAUACUCCGUUAUUGCACCUGCUGCGACUAUGAUGGGCGUCGAAAUUGAAUCACUUCAUACCAGGAGCGAGAGGGUUAAAACUGGGAGGGGAUCACUCGCCGGAGCCUGACGUAUCCAGCACAGUCAUUGCAGAACUGGGUUGCAACGUUAUUAAAAGCAGCAUAAUACCGCUGGAUCAUCGGCGUUGCAUGUAUUUAAAUACAGGCAUCCUCCCAGGCCUAUUGAAGGCGACUGGAAUGCUUUUUCACACCUCUACAACGUUCAGGAAAUUCGGACUUAUUUUCUUGGUUUCUAUAUCUGUACAGGAGGGCGUUGCAGGAAAGACGAAAGUGACAUGCCCUUCAUUCGUAGCCGGACGCGGUUAAUUCAGAAUGGUGCAUUUUAAUUUGUGUAUCUAGAAUACGCGGAUUUAGGUAUUAAUUGUUGUGAUAACUGCGGAUACGACAAUAUCUAUUACAAAUCGAUCAAAACGGAUGCUAAAAUGCGAGGUGCCAGGUCGAUUUGAGCGGGUGGAUGGCCAAUCUGAUGUUAACAAUUGCGUUUCUCCCCGCGUCUGCCGCGUUGCUAUGCUGUGAAGCAAGUCGGGAAGACCGGGCACUCGAGCCAUGCUUCCCGGGGUCGGCGUGUUUGGCACCAGCUUGACCGCGCGUGUGAUUAUCCCUCUUCUGAAGAACGAAGGAUUCGCCGUCAAGGCUCUAUGGGGACGGACUCAGGAGGAAGCAGAGGAGUUGGCCAAGGAAAUGAAUGUACCGUUUUAUACCAAUAGAAUCGACGACGUUUUGCUGCAUCAGGAUGUGGAUUUGGUGUGCAUUAACCUGCCUCCACCUUUGACGCGGCAGAUUGCUGUCAAAACAUUAGGUAUCGGUAAGAAUGUGAUCUGUGACCGAACCGCCACCCCACUGGAUGCCUUUCGCAUGAUGUCGGCCGCCCAGUACUACCCCAAGCUGCUGAGCAUCAUGGGAAACGUACUGCGCUUCCUUCCCGCCUUCGUACGCAUGAAGGAGCUAGUGGAGGAGGGCUACGUGGGGGAGCUGCUGGUCUGCGAGGCCCAGGUCCACAGCGGCAGCCUGUUGGGUAAGAAGUACAACUGGAGCUGUGACGACCUGAUGGGCGGUGGGGGGCUGCACUCGGUAGGCAGCUACAUCAUUGACCUGCUCACCUUUCUCACGGGCCAGCGGGCGGCCAAGGUGCACGGCUUCCUCAAGACUUUCGUCAAGCAGACGGAGCACAUCUGCGGCAUCCGACAGAUCACCAGUGACGACUUCUGCACCUUCCAGAUGGUGCUGGAGGGCGGCGCCUGCUGCACCGUCACACUCAACUUCAACGUGCCUGGUGACUUCCGCCAGGAGGUGAUCGUGGUGGGCACAGUGGGCCGGCUGACGGUCAGCGGCACGGACCUGUACGGCCAGAAGAACACCAUGGAGGGAGGGCCGGAGCUACUUCUGAAAGACAGCACCCCUCUGGAGAAGGCCUCCCUACCGGAGAAGGCUUUCAGUGACAUCCCUUCGCCCUACCUGACAGGAACCAUCCGUAUGGUGCAGGCGGUGCGUCAGGCCUUUGAGGACCAGGACGACCGGCGCACGUGGGAUGAAAGGCCGCUGACUAUGGCGGCCACAUUUGAGGACUGCCUGUACGCACUUUGCGUGGUGGACAGCAUCAAGAAGUCCAACCAGUGCGGCGAGUGGCAGAACAUUGAGGUGAUGAAAGAGGAGCCCGAGGUAAGCCCGGCGUACCUUAUCAGCGAGGCCAUGCGGCGCAGCAGGAUGUCGCUCUACUGCUAGCACUGGCACCUAAAUGGCUGUCUGGUGCUAGAGACUGGGGGUGAGAGAGCUGUCACUGUGCCCUCAUUGGUUCGCUAAAAAAAAAGAUGUGAACAGUGAUGAACUCUCUCCAAUCUCAUUGUCCUCUCUUCUGCAUGAUCUAUUCUGGAAUCACUACGCCGUGCAUCGUGACUCUGAGAAAGUGGAGGAAUAAAGAGCACCUCCAAAAAUAAAAAGGCGUUGCUAUGGAUGCUACACUCGGGACAACAGUGGUUUAACUGUACCUCUAGAGAGGUGAAUGUUUAAUCCCCAGGGGGCUUCGGACCCUGUCUCUGUGUAUGUCUGCUGUGUGUGAAACCAGAGAAGAAAAACGCAGCGAAAUCAAUUGUUUGUCUGGUAGGGCUUUUAGUGAGGUCCACUCCUCCGGUUAAGUAUGCAAUAAAUCCAAUCAGAGCUCCAGGCUAGUGGAAUUAAGUCAUCCUAAGCAAAAAAAAAAGUGUGAUGGGUCCACACUCAUUCGCACUCAGAAUUAUGUCAUCCUGCCUGAAUCAAGGGAAUGCCUUUUUUGCCUGCUUCUCGUUUUUGUAGUAACGUCCAUAUGCAAUAGACCGACACAUAAUCUGUGGAUGGUGGUGCAAUCCCAUGCUAUGCUGUGAGUAAAACCUAGGCACAUGUUUUCUAUCCCCAUGUUUUCAAUCUCAAGGGCAUGCCUGUUGCCAAGCUAAUAUCCUUAGCUUAGCCAGCUAGGUUAGCGGUGCAUGCGAUAAAGCUUCUUACACAACAGCAACGAUGUAGAGUGAAACAAUCAGUAAUAGUGUCCCUCUGGGAUAGUGCAUGAAUGGGACACUUCCACGCAUGAAACAUUCCCAUCUGCUUGUAAAGGCUAGUGUUUUGUGACUCUUAUAGUUUGUGUGAAUAUGUAGCUUAGUACUACUAACAGAAGGGCAAGUAGAACAUGGCCUAUUUUUUUUUUUUUUUUUUUGAGAAGACCUCUGGUUUUCACCUCAUCACUAUCCACAUCACUAUCCACACAGGUUACAAGAGAUAAUGGUAGUACAGUAGCAUAACUUCACGAAGCCAAAACAUUUUUGUAAUUUAUUCAAGCUCGAUCUUAUUGUUUCCCCAAUGUUGAUUGUGUUCUCAAAUGAUGCUACUGUAUAUCACCAUCUGCAUUUGCCUACUUUUCCACGGUCUUGUAUAAUACAAAAUAGUGAAUAUGGUUUAAAAUGUGUCAUGAUAUAAAUGUACUGUAUGUAUGUUAUUUGGUUUUAAACUAUCUGCAAAAGACAGGAACUGGAACAUGUUUUGAUACACACACUGUUCAGUAUAAAAUUAUUUAUUUUUAAUUUUGGACUGAUUUCGUACUGUGUCGGGAGAAGAAGUCUAGUUCGUGGGCGACAGUUGAGGUAAGAGAGGCCUUUUAGUAUUCAGUUUCUCUGUGUGUUGGUCCAUACUGUGGGAUGUCUGAAGACAAUGACUACUUUGGUUGGAGUAUAUAGACAUUUUUUAAUCAUGUGAUCCUAAUUUGUAAUAAAUGUUGAUAGGUGCAGCCAUUUUAAGAUUUGUAGCUAUUUAAUCGUUAUCUGUCCAGUCGGCCAUUUUGCCCUGUAUUCAUGUUUCAUCGAUGUGCUAUAUUGUGUUUGACAGUGGGCUUUGGAACGGUUCAUAUUUUUCUGACCAUGCUCCAGUUAGUUUAUUUGGCAUUUGUGUUGUGCAAGUUAUUUUUUUCAGUAGCUUUUCAGCCAACAAGACAAGCUUCUCACAUGCCCGCUGACCUUUCCCAAGUUCUGUAAAUACUAUCUCACUCUGAUGGGUGACCAUGAUGUGUUCUGCAUAGAAACAUGAUAAGAUGUCACCUGUUAUAUCAUUGCAGAUCAUAAUAGCUUAUCAAUACUGUAGACUUUCCCCUUUGUCCACUGAGGACCUUUAUACCAUAAACAUGCCUUGAUCUUUUCAAUGAAACCUGGAAAAAAUUAUACUGGAAUAAACUCUCCAAAGUUGCACACUAUGGUAUAAGAACCCCCCCGGUUACUUGAUGGACUUUGCCAUUUAAAGGAUGGAGAUAUAGAGCAACGUCUAAAGAUGUGCUCUUUCCAACUCUCUCUGUUAGUCCCCUAUAUUCCUAUCCCAGGUCAAUGGCCUUGUUUCAAACAAUGCUACUCUAAAGCUGCACCCAGAGAACAGGAGAAGAAGUCCCCCGUUGAGGCCUUAUAGGGAGGACGUAGGAACCGUGGUUUAGUCCCCAGUCUUUCAGUCUGGAUAAAACUCUAUAGCUUUACAUAUAUGACAGGAAAGAAAUAGGGACUAAAUUAAAUCAAACACUUGAAGAAAACCCUUGUGAACACUUCACAUUAUAACAUAUGCUGAAUCAAACUUAUUAUCAUGGAAUAUCAAUGUAGGGGAGAAAGGAUCAAUGCAAAGUAGAGAGGAGUCCCUUUGCCGAUUUGAUCCAGCACCCAUGUGUAUUUAGGCUUAAUCCUACAUCUUGCUACGGUGCUGUAGAGCAGUCCUCCUCAAACCUCUCCUCUGGAACCCCCAAAUGUUUUCCUGAUUCACCUCGUCAAGGGUUGUGUUUCUCUGCCCAGACAUUGAGGACGCAUGCCAGUUAUUACAAUGCCUGGAUGGGUAUUUUGCGUAUCAGAUAACCACAUAUGUUAGAGCAAUCUGGUGCCCGACGGCACAGUUGAUGAGGUGGCACGUGACCAUUGGUUGAGUCAUGCAACUUCUGACCAGGGGAAUGCAACCAAGGGCUUGACGAUUAGUUGAUAAGUUGAAUCAGGUGGAAUAGAUCAAAUACGUGGAAUGGCUGGUGGUCCCCGAGGAGAGGUUUGAGGAUCACUGCUCUAGAGGCACCUUACCAUUUUCUUCUACACUGAACAAAAAUAUAAACGCAACAAUUGCAAGGAUUUUACUGAGUUAUAAUUCAUGGAA